CUUGAACCGUGUCCGCAUUGACGCCACUUUACCUUUCGUAAUUGCAGAGACUCCCGCAGCUCAUGUCGAGUCUAGCGCAGCUCUUGCAAUGAACAACACAGCAUUUGGAUUUGAAGAGCCCCUCGUCACCAAUACCCCGCGGCCGUUUCCGGAGCAAUGCGCGCGGAUACAUGAGCGCAUAGACGCGUUCCUGGGUGCCAGAGAUGUCUCGGGCCGUGUCAAGAGCGUGCAGGAGCAGACAAGGACUGCGCUGGAUGUGAUAGAGAAGGCAUUGGAUCAAUAUAGUUUGCCUGAGCUGUCUCUUGCAUACAAUGGCGGGAAAGACUGCCUUGUGCUGUUGAUAUUGUACCUGUGUGCUCUACAUAAACGCGGUCUCACAUCCUCGACCACCUCGACCACCUCCUCGAACAUCGAAACCGCCGUACAAUGUGUCUACAUCCAGGAUAAGCACCCCUUCAAAGAGGUAGAAGAGUUUGUGGCAACGAGUAUCAAGACAUACUCACUGUCCCUUCUCGAGUAUGCAAAGCCUAUGAAGGAGGCAUUUACGGACUAUUUGCGCGACACACCAUCUGUCAAGGCCAUAUUGGUAGGGACACGGCGGACAGACCCCCAUGGAGAACACUUGAAGCAUUUCGAUCCUACGGACAAGGGGUGGCCAGCAUUUGUGCGUGUACACCCCGUGAUAGACUGGCACUACGUAGAUAUUUGGACAUUCAUACGAUACUUGAACAUACCAUAUUGUUCUCUAUACGACCUCGGAUAUACCUCCUUGGGUGGGACUACGGAUACGCAUCCAAAUCCGGUGCUCGCACGACAGCCUUCGACAAGUCAAGUCCCACAAACCAGUCAGGCGAAUGGCACGUCGAAACCAAAGUUUAGACCAGCAUACGAACUCAUUGAUGACUACGAGGAACGAUUGGGGAGAGACAAAUAGCAUAAUCAAAGGACAUUGCUUACUCCAGUCAACACUCUCAAUUGCUGCAUAUGUCACCACUUUGCCAUUAAUGAGGGCGAGUCACACAACUUCUACGGCCCUUAUUUUUAACGCUGCCUUUCUGCUCUAGAACUACGUUUCAUGCAGCACUGUUCAGC